AUGUUCCCCAGCCCUGCACUCACGCCCACGCCGUUCUCCGUCAAAGACAUCCUGAACCUGGAGCAAGAGCAGCGCAGCCUGGCCGCCGGAGAGCUCUCCGCGCGCCUGGAGGCCACCCUGGCGCCCGCCUCCUGCAUGCUGGCCGCCUUCAAGCCCGAGGCCUACGCGGGGCCUGAGGCGGCCGCGCCGGGCCUCCCGGAGCUGCGCGCAGAGCUGGGCCCCGUGCCUUCGCCCGCCAAAUGCUCGCCUGCCUUCCCCGCCGCCCCCGCCUUCUAUCCGCGUGCCUAUGGAGACCCCGACCCGGUUAAGGACCCUCGAGCCGAUAAGAAAGGUGAGGAGAAAACACAAGCCCUCUCUCCCCUCCCAGGUCGCUGUUGUCCCCAAACUCCGCCGCCAAGAAACUCAGGCCGGGAGAAGGAGACGCGCACAGAUGGGCGGAGGCGCAAAUUGAUCCUUACAAUCCGCUUCAAGCAGCAGCGGUACCUGUCGGCGCCCGAGCGCGAGCACCUGGCCAGCGCGCUGCAGCUCACGUCCACGCAAGUCAAGAUCUGGUUCCAGAACCGGCGCUACAAGUGCAAGAGGCAGCGGCAGGAUCAGACUCUGGAGCUGGUGGGGCUGCCCCCUCCGCCGCCGCCGCCUGCCCGCCGGAUCGCGGUGCCGGUGCUCGUGCGCGAUGGCAAACCAUGCCUGGGAGACUCGGCGCCCUACGCGCCCGCCUACGGCGUGGGCCUUAACGCCUACGGCUAUAAUGCCUAUUCCGCCUAUCCGGGUUAUGGUGGGGCGGCCUGCAACCCCGGCUACAGCUGCGCCGCUGCUUACCCAGCCGGGCCUCCCCCGGCUCAGCCAGCCACUGCCACAGCCAAUAACAACUUCGUGAACUUCGGCGUCGGGGACUUGAACGCGGUGCAGAGCCCUGGGAUUCCGCAGGGCAACUCGGGAGUGUCCACGCUGCACGGUAUACGAGCCUGGUAG